CAAUGGGAUGGAAGGACCAGCAUUUGGUCCUGGCCGCAGCCAAUCAGGCUGGGAAGCCCAAGCUGCAAUAUAAAGUAAAGAUUCCCAUCUUCCAGCCACGCACUUGCCAAGAAAGGGAAAUAGGUUCAAGAGUCUGGGGAAAAAAAGUGCUCCGGCCGGCGGCAAGCGGGGCGGCUGCUCCCGUCAUGGCGGACUGCGAACGCCCGGGCAGAGUGGUCCUGCUGGGACAUGUGUGGACGGCGUCCCACCCCCGGCCCCCAGAGAGGAGCGGCGAGCCCGGUGGUCAGCAGCAUGGAGAGGGAGACUUGCGGGGUGCAGGCCCAGGGCAGGCCACAAAGCCAAACAAACUUGUUCCCCUUGGAUCUACAAAUAUUGGCCAUUUGAGAGUUGAGCUCAUCCUCCACCGUUCCUGCGCAAGCAAGCACCAGAAAAAUGAAUAUCCAGGGGAAAGGCUUCCCCUUGGACCUCGGAGGAAGCUUCACUGAGGAUGCUCCAAGGCCACCGGUUCCUGGUGAGGAGGGGGAGCUCGUGUCCACAGAUCCAAGGCCAGUUAGCCACGGUUUCUACUCCAGUAAAAGUGAUGUGGUUAGAAAUGAGACGUCCACGGCAACACCGAGGCGCUCCGAUUUGGAUUUGGGGUACGAGCCCGAGGGGAGUGCUUCUCCAACUCCACCCUACCUGAAGUGGGCUGAGUCGCUGCACUCCUUGCUGGAUGAUCAGGACGGUAUCAACCUCUUCAGGACUUUUCUGAAGCAGGAGGACUGUGCGGAUCUGCUGGACUUCUGGUUUGCCUGCAGUGGCUUCAGGAAGCUGGAGCCUUGCAUGUCUAAUGAGGAAAAAAGACUCAAGCUGGCAAAAGCCAUUUACAAAAAAUACAUCCUUGACAACAACGGCAUUGUGUCCCGGCAGAUCAAACCGGCCACAAAAAGCUUCAUCAAAGACUGCGUCAUGAAACUGCAGAUUGACCCUGACAUGUUUGACCAGGCCCAAACGGAGAUUCAGUGCAUGAUAGAAGACAAUACCUACCCUUUGUUCCUUAAGUCGGAUAUUUAUUUGGAAUACACGAGGACAGGUGGGGAAAGUCCAAAAAUUUAUAGCGAUCCGAGCUCGGGGUCUGGGACAGGUAAAGGGCUACCUGGUUAUCUGCCGACUCUGAACGAGGACGAGGAGUGGAAAUGUGACCAAGAGGCCGAGCCCAAGGCCAGCAGGGACUCGGCGCCUUCCAGCAGGCUGACGCAGAAGCUGCUCCUGGAGACGGCCAACCAGCGCGCCGCCUCGGCCCGGCGCUACAGCGAGGGCAGGGAGUUCAGGCAUGGGCCGUGGAGAGAGCCUGUUAACCCUUACUAUGUCAACACAGGCUACGCGUUGGCACCAGCGACCAGUGCCAACGACAGUGAGCAGCAGAGCAUGUCCAGUGACGCCGAUACGAUGUCGCUGACGGACAGCAGUGUAGAUGGGAUCCCACCGUACAGACUCCGAAAGCAGCAUCGCCGAGAGAUGCAAGAAAGUGCCAAAGCAAACGGACGCGUGCCACUACCUCACAUUCCGCGUACGUACCGAAUGCCAAAGGAUAUCCACGUUGAACCAGAGAAGUUUGCUGCAGAACUGAUCAAUCGUUUGGAGGAAGUACAAAAGGAACGUGAAGCAGAGGAGAAACUAGAGGAGCGCCUUAAACGCGUUCGAGCGGAAGAAGAAGGUGAGGAUGCAGAUAUCUCUUCUGGUCCCUCAGUCAUUAGCCACAAGAUGCCUUCCGCCCAAGCCUUUCAUCAUUUUGCUCCUCGUUACUCUGAGAUGGGCUGCGCUGGGAUGCAGAUGAGAGAUGCUCAUGAAGAAAACCCAGAAAGCAUCCUCGAUGAACAUGUCCAGCGUGUGAUGAAAACACCAGGCUGCCAGUCUCCAGGACCUGGCCGCCACUCUCCUAAGCCACGGUCCCCAGAAAGCGGCCACUUAGGAAAGCUGUCAGGGACACUAGGAACAAUUCCUCCAGGACAUGGCAAGCAUGCAACAAAAUCAGGAAUGAAACUGGAUGCAGCUAACUUAUACCACCAUAAACAUGUCUACCACCACAUCCAUCACCACAGCGUGAUGAAACCAAAAGAGCAGAUCGAGGCCGAGGCCACUCAGCGAGUGCAGAACAGCUUUGCUUGGAAUGUAGAUUCACAUAACUAUGCAACAAAGUCACGAAACUACACUGAAAACUUGGGCAUGGGCCCUGUCCCCAUGGACUCGUUAGGCUACAGCGGGAAAGCAAGUCUGCUCUCAAAAAGAAAUGUUAAGAAGACUGAUUCAGGGAAAAGUGAUGGUGCCAACUAUGAGAUGCCAGGAUCUCCUGAAGACGUGGAGAGAAACCAGAAGAUCCUUCAGUGGAUCAUAGAAGGAGAGAAGGAGAUCAGCAGGCAUAAGAAAACAAACCAUGGAUCUUCAGGUGCUAAGAAGCAGCUGUCCCAUGAUAUGGUCCGACCCCUCUCCAUUGAGCGACCUGUUGCAGUGCAUCCAUGGGUCAGCGCUCAGCUCCGGAACGUCGUCCAGCCUUCUCACCCCUUCAUCCAAGAUCCUACCAUGCCACCCAAUCCAGCUCCCAACCCACUCACCCAGCUGGAAGAAGCUCGCAGGAGGUUGGAGGAGGAGGAAAAAAGGGCUGGAAAACUCCCCCUUAAACAAAGGUUGAAGCCCCAGAAGAGACCAGGCAGUGGAGCGUCCCAGCCAUGCGAGAACAUCGUGGUCGCUUACUACUUCUGCGGAGAGCCGAUCCCUUACCGCACCCUCGUCAAAGGGCGCGUGGUGACGCUGGGACAGUUCAAGGAACUGCUGACCAAGAAAGGGAACUACAGGUAUUACUUUAAGAAAGUGAGUGACGAGUUCGACUGUGGUGUGGUCUUUGAGGAGGUGCGGGAGGAUGACACCAUCUUGCCCAUCUUCGAAGAGAAGAUCAUUGGGAAGGUGGAGAAGAUCGACUAGGGUGCCAUGGUGUGAGGACAGGACUGUGAAAGACUCCGGGACCGGAGGAGAGGGCCUGGGGCGGACGCUGGCAGUGCCGCUGCCACGGGUGCUGGAGGACACAGCCAACUCCGGCGCCGACCUGGGCGAGCUCCGGGCUGCCGGUGGGUGACGUUUCACCCCAUCAACCUGCCAGUGGGAGCCCGGGCUCCCUCUCCAUACCGACUAUAAGUGUAAUGUAGCAUUGUACAGUGCAUUAGAAAGUGUAAUAUGACCUUGUUUACUAAAGCUGCAUAUUUUUGAUAUAUUGUAAUAAAAGGAAAAUAUUUCCAAUGUCACAGUGCUCUUAUGUAAAUGUAAAACAUACAGGUACUGCAGAAUGUGCCCAAAGUGUACAGCCAUCCCUCAGACUCCGUUUGCUUCUCGCUUUCACGUCACCCUGCCCUGCUUCCCGGCGUGGGUGGCUUCGGAGCGCCGCCACUCGGGAGGGGCUGUGGUCCCAGCUCGCCUCUGAAGACUGUUGAGCCAUUUGGAACAAGUUGGUCUCUUGCCGCCCUGGCAGCUGCAGCGGCUGGACAUGGUAGGAUGAGGUUUUUUUUCCCUCCUGAGCUUUCUUGCGACUGAGUAAAUCCCUGAGGGAUAAAAGGGUUGAUGCCAGCUCUGGGGCUGCGGAUUUCCCUCAGUGCAAGGACUGGCGAGGAGCCAGGGUGACAGGCUGGGUGCUGGUGUUCCCCCGUGUGUGCCCUGCCCCUGGAGAAGUGUUCACCCCCCAGGAGGGUGCUGUGUCUCUGCAGAGCGCCAGCACCUGUGUCCCCAGCGCAGACAUGCCCAGGCCGCCAGCGCCAAGCUGCGGUCAGGGGACUCCCUUAGGAGAAACUUGGUAGGGGAGGGAACUGAAGAGACACUCAGUCUGAGGACAAAACCCAUCUUUUUAUGAGUCCUCUGUCUUUUGUUGGCUUGUGUCUCAGGAGAGGCAGCGUGAUGGCACUGCAGGCCACUGCCGAAUGCAAGGAGGGUGUUGGUGCCAGUUUGUGGGGCUCGUGAAGGGUCAGGGGACCCCAUGUGGCAGUCGGCACGCGGGGAAGCCUCCUGGGUUUAUUUGGCUGCAGGCCCUGUCCUCUCCCCGCUCCUUCAGACACCGGCGCUCGCCCACCCACACAAACUGGGGUGGCCCCUGAAGCCGGGGGUUCCACAUUGGCGCUCUCCCUGCCCAGCGCUGCUCACAGCCGUGGUGGUGCGUUGGAGCUGCUGGGGCCCCUGUGGCACCGCGCCGGGACGCAACUCAGCCUGUUGUACAUGUCACCGAGUGCCUUUAAAAUUAUGGUUCUGAGACUAGCCUAUAUGUGACAUCCAACAAAAUCCACAAUCAUAUUCAGCCCGGGAACAGCGUUAUGAGCGGUUCUCCCCCCCUCCUUUUUUUUUUUCAGUUCUGAUGGUGUUGUGUCUGGUGAGGUUGUUAACAUGCCCGGGAUUUCCGUCUCCCCCUUUUUUACUCAGGGGGUCCCCUGUAAAUAUGUACAGUGGCUGCGCGACUCUGGCAACGUCUCCUCUGCAUUCUCAUGUGCUGGCUUGUACAAUGAUCUUUUCAAAGGUACUUGGAUAAAUUGAAAUAAAACUCCUUGUCCCACU